UCGUGUUUGGCGCCAGCAUUUUAGCGGGGAGUGAGGAGUGGACAGAUACAGCAAACCCUUUAUCGUCUUUGAACAUUGAAAUAAGUCCUCCAAUUCCUCUAAUAUAGAGCUUGAGUCGAUGAUAUCGCCUUCAUCAGCUGCCGUGAGGUUGUGAGGAUGAUGGCAGCAGUGCCUUUAUCCAGUGCCUGCCUCCUUCCUCUUCUGGAGUGUCUGGAAGAUGCUUCAGCUGGGCUGUCUGAGCAGACAGAUGCCUACAUCACCAUAGCAAACCGUCUCAAUGGAGAGGAAGGACGACAGUUUCUGCCUGUAGUUGUAAAGCAUUUUGCACGUCUCUGUAAAGUCCUUCUGGUUCACAUCUCCAGUGAGAAUGAAGAGCUGUGUCAAGCUGCACUGCAGGCUCUGGGCUUCUGUGUCUUUCACUCACACAUUGUUUCAGUUAUCCCAGCAAAUGAUUCAGAAGAGAUCCUUUCUACGCUCUGUAAUGUUGUGGUACAAUCCAAAGAAAAAUUUACGUGCACUCGAGCAUUAUGGGUUAUUUCAAAACAGAAUUUCCCUCCAGAGGUGGUGGCCAAAAAGGCCCCAGAGAUUCUCAAGAGCCUGGAGGCCAUGCAGACCAGAGAAGUUCAGUCCAUCCUCAUUGAUCAUGAGUCACUCAAUGUUAUUAUAAGAUUGCUGGAGCAGGCUCCCCCUCAGAUGGCUGCUGGAGCCGUGUGCUGGGCCAAGCUGGUUGUUCCUCUGGUGGUUCACUCGGCCAAUAAGGUGCGCUUGCGUGCGGCAGCAGCCCUGGAGCUGGGCAUGCCUCUUCUUCUGGAGAAACAGCAGGAGGUUGCAGCCAUUGUAGAGCCAAUGAUGUCCUCUACUCUCAUCCCUGAAAUGCAGAAGCUGUUCGCUUCGAAAAAUGAGACAAAUAUGCUGAAACUCUGGCCCUUAUUUGUGAGGCUUCUGGGGAAGUUGCUCCACAAAGGCGGUGCUUUCAUUAACUCCUUGCUAUAUUUAGAGGAGUUAGGUUUCCGCAGCUCCUCGCCCAAUAUUAAGAAGAUUGCCUUCAUUGCUUGGAAAAGCCUCAUUGACAACUUUGCCCUUAAUCCAGAUAUCCUGUGUAGCAGCAAACGGCUGAAGCUUCUCAUGCAGCCCCUCAGCUCCAUCCACGUCAGGACUGAAGCUCUACUGCUCACUAAGCUGGAGGUGUGGUGGUAUCUCACGGUCAAGCUUGGGCCCAACCUGGCUGCUAACUUUGAGCAGGUUGGCAUACCACUGCUGCACAGCACACUUCCUCCUGAUUCUCCACUGCAGUCCCCAGCUACACCUGCUCGAACCCCUAACUCAAGCAAUGGUACACCUAACACCCCUAAAUCAGGCAUUCCAUCUUGUAGCAGUCUGAAUGCUGCUCCUCAUAUGAAUCUGAACAGUAGUAUGCAGGUAGCUCAGUCCUACCGCUCCAUUCAGCUGCUAGGACUAGAGAUGCUUCUGCAGUGGCUCUUGGGUCCAGAGGUCACGAGCACUGCUGCUAAAGAAAAUCUUCAGCUCAGCCUGGAGCCGCUGACUCACCCACUCCUUACCAGCCCCUCAACCUUCAGCAGACAUGCCUCGACCCUCAUCUCUGCAGUCAGAGAUGGCUUCAUCGCUGUGGGAAAACAUGCUUCAGACGCACUUUAUAAUCUCAUUUGGAGCAACUUGAUUGGUUUUGUCAGCGCAACAAUAGAAGCUGGUAAUAAGAAGGAGCGGCAGGGUUCAGAGGUCCUCACCUUUCUCCUAAAGGCCCUACAGUCCAUCCUCUCCUCAGAUGUGCAGCCUCCUGAGCGUGCGUUGCUUUUGUUGGAAGUCACAGUUAGAGGAAUACCUCAGAAGGUGCUUGGUUCCGCAGCCUAUCAAGUGGCAAACAUGGAUGUGUUGAAUGGUACACCAGCACUUUUCCUAAUACUGCUUUUCUACAACAUUAGCCAGCUCUCAUCAUUUCUUGAAGAUGAGAGAUUUUUCUCAAGCCUUGAAGCCCUUGUAAGUUGUGGGUUCUGUGGACAUACAUCCCCCCUGGCUUUUGGAGAAGCUGUUUUAAGAGCAGUUAGUGGGAGUGUGGAGGCUGUUAAGAACAAGCAGCAGCUCUGUAGAAUGUGGAGUAUGGUGGUUACCCCUCUGACUGACACCAUCACUCAGACAAAUGAAGUGAAUCAAGGAGAUUCUUUGGAGCAUAAUUUCAGUGCCAUUCACAGUGCCUUGAUGUUCCCAAUCAUUCACCUGAUGCCAAGUUCAGCCCUACCCCAAACAACCCAGAAAACCAUGAUCAAUAUGUGGUCCAAGCUUUAUAAGGCUUUUGCCCGCUGCUCGGCUUUGGUAGCCACAGCAGAGGAGAAUGUGUGCUGUGAAGAGCUGUGUGCCAAGAUCUCUGCCUCUCUUGAUGGUGAUGCUCUGAAAAGUCUGUCUAUGCUAGAUGCAAUAGCAAAUAUCUUGCUGAUCAUCAUAGAGAGUAUGGACUUCUCUCCUUACACCCCACAGUUCCAGCAGAAGAUGAAAUCUCCUCGUACACCCUUGAGUUGGGUACGGAAGAGAAGCAAAGCCCUAGGGAAUUUCUCGACCUUCCAUUCUCUCCUGAUGAAAACUCUAGAAGCAUUUCUUGCUUUAGACCCCUCAGAAGCAUCUGCAGAGCCCACUGAUGGGCUUGGCUUGACAAUAAUCACCAUUUUGUCGAUUAUUUUCACCAACAUCACACUGCCCACAUUCAUACAAGAGGUGCUCUCAACCAUCUCCAAACCACUCGCACAAUUUUUUAAACAAUUCUCAAGUUUUGAUGAAGAGUCAAAGCACAGUGCUGCACCAGGACCCAAGUUAGAUAAACUGGCCGCAGACUUGCUUGGCUGUCUGCAGAUGCACUCAACUCUCCACAAUGAUGAGCUGCUUGCUGUGUUGUCGCCCUUGCUUUGUGUGCUUUUUCCACACAAAAGCAAGCAAAUUCGCACUGUGGUCACUCAUUUCUGGAAUGCCACUUUUGGAAAUGCGCUCACCCUGACUUAUCCCGAGGCUCUCAGGGCUGUUUUAAGUCAGGCUAAGCAGAAGACUCCAUUGAUCUUACCUGGAUUUGAAGCUGUUGAUGCCCCAGAUGAUUGCAGUGGACCAUAUUCGGUACAUUCAAGUGAGAGUUCACAGCUGGACCCUCAGCUCAGUGGCAUAAAGGUGACCUCUGUGGGAAUGAGGGAUUCUCUUCUGGCUAGGGCAGAAGACCUGAAAGGAAGAAGUUCUGUAGCUGUAACAAAGCCAGUGUCUGUGAAGCUGGAUUUUGGAUCCCCCAAGCCCUUGAGGUGUGAAGCUAUUGAGGAGGCGGCAUCAGUGGAUUUUGUUUUUAUUCCACCCGAGACAAAGGAGAGAGUGCUGACCGAGCACCAGAAAGAGGUCAAAAGGACUAAAAGGGUUGACAUUCCUGCUCUGUACAAUAAUCUGGAUGCCUCCCUGGACACCAUAGUCUUUACACAAUACUCUCAAAGUCAGGAGGAAUCCAUGGAAAAAUUGACAACUGUUCAAAUAGAUCAACUUAAGGAAGAGGAUAAGGUUCAGUUGAAGGAGGUUGCCACAAUUGAGGAUCCAACCACAGAUGUUAAAUUAACCCAAGAUGGCACCGGAUCAGACAUAGAAAUUCCAGAGAAAGCUGCGCUAAAUAAAAACCAAACUUCAGAGAAGAUACAAUCACCAUCUAGUAAUGUCUCAAUGAAUGAUGUGAGUGGUCAUGAGAAAAGUGGGUUAGAGGAGACCAGCCCUAAUGUUUCAAGUUCAUCAGAUAUGAUAACAGGUACACCACCUCAACCCAACAGCAGGCGUCAGUCUUUCAUAACUUUAGAAAAAUAUGUUGAGGGGAAGCCGGCAAGUCCCACCGGUGUUACAUUUACUGGCCCAUUCACUCGGAAAUCCAAUAGACUGGAUGCUUUAAAAGCACUGCAGUCCACUCCUAAUGCCUCUUUGGAGUCACAACCUCAGAUUAUACAAGAUAACUCUCAGAAAUCUGAAAAGAUUAGCAACACUGAGCUUUCCACUCAAAAUGAGGAAGAAAGCAUGGAGGCAAAAGAUGAGAUUAAAUCAACGAGCAGUCAUCCUUGUGAAGGCACAGAUGAAGAAGAGGAUGAUUUGGUCCCAGAUACCCAGACCCAGGUAUCGAACGAAGUGUUGGAAAUUAAGAACCCUCCUGUGGCCAAAGCCAGUGAAACAAGAUCCAUGGAAUCUGAAAAAGCCUCUCCUGAAGAAGAUUCACAGACUCUUCCCUGUUCUCCUCCAACUGAUCUGAACUCUAGUCAAGAACCAAGAAGGUCAGGCAGACGUCGAAGUAGACCUCUUCGCCCAGGUGAGGAUCCAGUGGAGCUGAAAAGCGAAUUGCAAGAGAAAAAUCAGGUUGCUGAGCUGAAAAAUGCUCAGAAGCCCACACUAGCUCCCAUUAAAUCAACAAAUAGCCCUUUGGCUGGAAGAAGUAGAAGUAAGAUUCUUGAUGAGGGUAAAGCUGAAGAUGACCAGCUAAAGAAUAAAGGAGUGAAAGGAGAGCGUGGCCAAACUGAUUCACAGAUUUCCUCCGCAGAGUUUUCACAGGCACUUUCACAGGAAAUGGGUAUGUGUGGCAAAACAGAAACUGAGUCCUCUCAUAAGAGGUCUCCUGUAACUCGAUCUGAUAGCCAAACUAAAGAGAGACUGUCACCUCUCAGUGAGCCUGAGAGUUUGUCAGCAGGUAGACCUAUGAGGAAGACUAGAAAGAGCAAUGCCAAUCUUGAGGGAUUUAAAGACAAGAAAGAGCCAGAUGAAAAAUCCCAAAAUAAUUCUCAAAAUGCUGCCUCCGCUUCAAAAAAGACAUUUACACAUACACCUGUUUCAGAGAUAGAGGCUGAUGGCCAGAAAAUUGGCAGGCUACGAAGAACAAGGAGAUCUGCUGCAUCAGAAGUGGUGGAAAUGACUGUUUCAAAGACCAAUGAUAAGCCAGCAACUGAUGAACAAAAAGGGCAAGAUUUAAGUGAGACAGACUCCCAAACACUAACAGUGGUACAUAGCAGAUCUUUAAUACGUAAAAACACAGAGGAAGAUAAAAACUUUAGUGGAGAUGUCACUUCAACUGUUUCCAUGAAUGCCGAGCAUUCACAGACUGAGGACUUUAGUGGGACACCAGAUUCUUCUCAAGAACGUAGUAGAUAUAGAACUCGAAGAUUGUCUAAAGGUUUGCUGGCCUCUAGUGACAAUACAGUGUCUGAGAACUCUGAUAGCAGAGAAGAUGGGCCAAAGCCGAAAAAGAGACCACGGAAACCUCAACCCACAGAGGUGUUACUCAAAGACCCUGAAAUGGUGCUGGAUAAGGAGGAUGUUAAUUCUCGCUCAGAAGUUUCAAUGGAGACCUCUAUGUCACAGGAUGGGCCAGAUCCUGAACCUACUUUGGAAACUUCGUUCAGUGACACCAAAGAACUUGAACAAAAGGACGAAGAAGAGGUCCCUGCAACUGAGAAUGUAAUGCAAGAACAGAGUCAAACUGACACCAAGCUAAGGAUUGAAAGGGAUGCAGAAGAAAACGAUGUGACCUGUACAUCUAUAAUUCAGAAGGCUGAGGGUGGAGAAAUGAAGCCGUCUUCACAGAACUGCCCAUUGGUUACUGAAGUUUCCUCUCAAGGACAGAGUAGAUACAGAACUCGAAGAUUGUCUAAAGGUUUGCUGGCCUCUACUGACAAUAUAAAGUCUGACAACUCUGAUAACAGAGAAGAUGGGCCAAGACUGAAAAAGAGGCCACGGCAUCCUCAAACCACAGAGGUGUUACUCAAAGACCCUGAGAUGGUGCUGGAUAAGGAGGAUGUUAAUGCUCGCUCAGAAGAUUCUGUGGAGACCUCUAUGUCACAGGAUGGGCCAGAUCCUAAACCUUCUUUGGAAAUUUCAGUCAGUGACACCAAAGAUCUUGAACAAAAAGACGAAGAAGAGGUCCCUGCAACUGAGAAUGUAAUAGAGAUACAAGAACAGAGUCAAACUGACACUGAAUUAAGAAUGGAAAGGGAUGCUGAGAAAAAGGAUAAUGUCUGUACGUCUAUAAGUCAGAAGGCUGCGAGUGAAGGAACAAAAUCGUUUUCGCAGAACAGCCCAUUGGUAACUGAUGAUUUCAAGGUGAAGACCGAAGUUUUGCAUAAAUGCCCACAUAUCAGGGGGCGGGGCCGUGGACGUAGACGAUCAAGAAACUGUAACUGCUUUGGCAAUCGUGGCUUGUUUUCACAGGAUAUUGACUCAAAGGAAUCGCAGGAUCUGAACAAUGAACCGAUUCCUCUUGAUACUAACGCCCUGAUUUCCCAAUCGGAGCAAUUCAGUCCUACAACUGCAUCAGAUGGAAACAAAUGCACAGCAGUUGUUAAACCAGAUGCUGACAUGCAGUCAUCUUCAGCCUUACCUGAUCAAGUCCUAUCUGAGGUUUUGUCUUCUGAAAGUCCUAUUACAAAGCUUGGUGUUAUUGUUUCUCAGCUGUCUGAAGCAGAGGAAGGACCAAACCAAGAAUUAUCAAAACCAUUGGAUAACUCAAACAAAGAGCUUGUUGAAGUCCAGGAAGUAAGGACAAAUGAAUUGGAGGAUUUAGGGUGUGGAGGCAGUCAAAAGGACCAAGAGGGAGAGGAUAGUUCAGAAAAUGCAUCAGUAAGUCAGGAACUACUCCAGAGUUCAACACCUCAAGACACAUCUCCAAGCAAAGGUCAUCCAGUGGAAGAUGCACCUAUAUGCCAAGAGCAACUAGAGUCUGCCCAUGUCCAGCCUGAGGAUGCAGUUAUGCUUGCAGUGAAUGAAAAUAAAGACCUCAUGUUUCCUGAUGAAAGUAAGGAGCUCAUAUUGUCAGAAAAGUCAAAUGAAGCACAGAUACUUGACAAAGAUGCUCCUCUUGUUGAGAAAGAAGACACCCAGGAUGUUCUUGCUGGUGUACAAGAAACUUCUGAUGCUCUCAAAGAGUCAUCUGUGCCUCCACAGAGUAAAGUCUGCUUAGACUCUCCACCCAAACCUAAACCUUUAGACUCUUUCAGUGUUGAGCUGGAGCCUGGCCAGAGCCCGAGCAGAAGUAGAACUUGUGUAUGGUCACCAUCUGCCUCUCCAUCUACCAGCAUUUUAAAGAAAGGACAAAAGAGAGCUUGUGAUGAGGAUACUCCCUCUCCCCUUCUUAAGUCUCGUCGAGUGUCCUUCGCAACUCCAAUUUACCAUCAAGAAUUAGCUGAUGACAUUGAUCGACGUAGUCCUGUUAUUCACACCAGCUCACCUAGGUCAAAAGUCUUGAGUGGACAGUCAAAGUACAUCACUACACCUACGAAAGGUUCAACUCUAAGCCCACGUAACCUCCGUAGCCCUGGAUAUAAAAGUUCUAAAAAAUGCCUGAUUUCAGAGAUGAGCCAGGAACCACUGCCUAUUGCCAAGGAUUGUGUUUUUCCAGCACUUGUUGGCUGCUCCACUCCUGUAGAGGCUGUUUUACCACAGAUAUCUUCUAACAUGUGGCCUCGUGGCUUUGGUCAACUUGUUCGAGCCAGGAACAUAAAAACAGUUGGAGACCUGAGUGCCCUUACCCCUAAUGAAAUAAAGUCACUUCCUAUCCGUUCACCUAAGCUGUCCAAUGUGAGGAAAGCACUUAAAACCUAUCAUGAACAACAGAGGAAAGGGCGUUCUGAUGAGCUGAAGAGUUUUGACGAAAUGGAAAAAAUGACAUCGGAGCCUGAAGAGAUUGAGCUUUCUCAAAACAACGAGGAGCGAACACCAGGAGAAAUGCCUGAGGCUCAAGAUGAAAACCCAUCAGAAGAGGCAGUAGAUUUAGGACAGAUGGCUGAGGAGAGGAAAACUAAUGAUUUGCUAAUAGAUGUUGUAGACCUUGGUGGACGCCUUUCUUCAGAAGAACUUAGUCGCUAUUCACCGAACCAGUUGGGCCUGAUGCACGAGCAUCUGAGUGGAAUGAUGAGGAGCAUUGUGACCCAGCUUCAGUCACGCCUGUUAAAUAAUCUUGACGAUAGCUUGCCAUGAGAACAUUUUCACCUUCAUGAGACAUUUUCCUGAAUGCAAGAAUUCAUUUUUUAACUUUAAGAUUAACUGUGGACUGCUCAUUCCUUAAGUUUUAGUUGAAUUUUAGACAAGAUAAAAUGCUAAUUAUGCUCUCAGAGUAUAGACUGUAAUGGCCAAUAGCCAUUUUCAUUGCUACUUAAGCAAGUGUCAAAUACCAAGACCAUGAUGAAUUUUAUAGAGUGAUUUCUAAGACUAAAAUUGUGCCGGGAAGUCCAAGAAAACCUUUUUUUUUUUUUUUUUUUUUAAGAAUAAAGCUAUAGUAUUAAUACAAUUGUCAUCAGUCAUCGAAAGGAAACAAUUGUUGCAAAAAUAUUAAAAAAUAUAUAUAUUUUUUUUACAAACCACAAUUUCAGGGACAAUUCCAAACAAAUGAUCUAAUCCACUCAUUUUUGCUGCCGGUAAGGAAACAGAUUUAGGUGUACUAAUGCAUCCGAAAUGUUUCAGAAGCUGAGUUGAGAGGUUUUAGACAUUGAAACUGCAUUUAGUAUUGUGUGAACUGAAAUACUCUUAAGAAGACAUAGGGUGGUUUCACUGCAACAUUUUGGGAUAAAAAGAUCCAUAAAUGUGAACACUUAUUUUUGCAAACUGAGGUACAAAUUGUUUUGUGAACAUGAUACAGGUAGAGAAUAUUAGAAUAUUUAUUUUAAUGGUACCACUUUUAAAAUCAAAUGACACUAAACUUUUUAGCACCACAAACCUGCUUAAAGGAGUAGUUCAUCCAAAAAUGAAAAUUCUCAUAAUUUACUCACCCUCAUGCCAUCCUGGAUUUUCUUUCUUCAGCACAACACAAAUGAAGAUUUUUAGAAGAAUAUUUCAGCUCUGUAGGUCCAUACAAUGCAAGUGAAUGGGUGCCAAAAUUUUGAAGCUCCAAAAAUCACAAGUCAGUAUAAAAGUGAUGACUCAAGUGGUUCAGUCCAUGUCUUCAGAAGCAAUAUUCAUAUCUUCUUUAUGCAUACGACUUAAAUAUUGAUCUGUUUCUAACCCACACUUAUAUCACUUCAAAGAUAUAGAUUUAACCACUGGAGUCUUAUGGAUUACUUUUAUGCUGCCUUUAUGUGCUUUUUGGCACCCAUUCACUUGCAUUGUAUGGACCUACAGUGCUAAAAUAUUCUUCUAAAAAUCUUCAUUUGUGUUCUGCAGAAGGAGAAAAAACUCAUACACCUCUGGGAUGGCCUGAGGGUGAGUAAUUGAUGAGAGAAUUUUCUUUUUUGGGUGAACUAAAAAUUUAAUAUUUUUGCAAGGCAACCCCCUUAUUUUGGAUGCAUGAUACCAUUAACCAAUAAUUUCACAGAAUAACCUGUGACCCCACAAUGACAGUUGGCAUGUUUAUUGCAGAAGCGUGGUAUGCUUUAUUAGUUAGCGAUUCAAGGUAUACAUCUUCCUCUAACCCCACACCUACAGAAUCAAGCAAACAAAACACGCAUGCAAAUAGUGGCCAGCCUUCAACGAGGGAGAGAGGCGUGUUUUUUUUUUUUUUUUUUACUUU